CGUCCAGGUCAAGCUGGUAGCUACCCAUUUUUGACCGAGGACGGAGAGGAGCCCGAUAGCAUAACAGUUGCAAUCUUCCAGCGGCGCGACGCUCUCUGCUCUGCCUCUCUCUGCCCCUCCCCGGUUUCCUCUCUUCGGCUGUCGACCGCCAACGAAGAUUUCGAGAACUAACCAAGACAAACGUACGCAGAAAAUGGGUAUCUUUUCGAGGAGUCACCUGGCAGCUGCGCUUCUCAUUCACAUCGUCACUGGACUCUGCUCUGCCCAAGACCUGGACACCAGCUCAUGCCUACCACAAACAUACUCCAAGGUACUGUUAAACCAGACGAGUGAGGGACAAUACAUUGAGUAUGCUGCGGAUGUGCCCGAGCUGUCUGGCUUCACCCUCCAUUACUGGAUCCGGAUUCUGCAACCGUCGGCCCUGACGCCGACCUUCUCCUAUCUCGCGGAUGGCCCUGAAGGAACCGAGUACAUUCAAGUGACUCUUUUGAGGGUAAAGGAGGCUUGGUACGCGGUACUGCAAGUGAAAGGCGUCGUGGUCAGCAACACGAAGCUUCCCGGGAACUUCUCCGCAGAAUGGCAUCAUCUUCUUCAUUCUUGGGAUGGGAAUACCGGCACCUGGAGUAUCUUCCUAGAUGGAAAACUGCUAGAAGACGGAGAGAAUCUUAGGUCUAAGGGCCUCACAGUGAAGGGAGGCGGUAGAGCUUUUACUGGACAACAGGCAAGUUCCAUAAUCAACAGUUUCAGCAAAGCUUGCACAGAUCUUGCAAAGUUCAAGGAAGGGAUCAAUGGAUGGGUCACUCUUCUGGCCCUGGACUCCAGGGGGAUAGAUCGCCCUGAUUACUGGCUCAAUCGCAUGGCUGUAUCUGUUGUAGCAGCAGGAUGCAGAGCCGAGCACAGGGGUGACAUCAUCAGCUGGUUGGAUACGCCUAGAAGAGGAUAUUGUGGUGCCAUGGAGGCUCGGGCUAACAGCGAAUGCAAAAACUUCUAAAGUGGUAUUUUUUACCAUUGUACUACUCGGUAAAAAGAAAAACGUGUUUAUUUCUUUUUUUUAAUAUUUAGUAAAUUAUAAGCUUAAAUUAUUUCUAAUUUACCAUAGAUUUAGAUACAUUAAAAAUAUUAUGAAGUUAUACUUCAAGAUACAGUGUAUAAUAACAAUUACCUGUUGAUUGAUGUAUCUCGGAAUAUACUAGAAAGGUGAUUGUGGCUCAUAGUUGAAAAUGUGCAUCAUCAGUAGCCAUCAAGACUUAUGAAAGCUUCAGGUACGGGUAAAAUGUUUUCUAAAAAAAAUCAUUACUUUUUUACUGCUUUUGUUCUGCAGCUAAAGAUGAGCUCCUUUGAGAGUCUUUGUAUUAGACAAAAAUGGCAAAAGUAGUUCUGACAUGGGUGUUACAAAGAGUUUGGGAAUAAUUGUUACACACAUUUAAAAGAUAUUUAGUAUCUUUUAGACAAAGUAAAGUUUAACAACAAAAAAGGGAAAUUAAUAAAACGCAUUUCCGACUUCUUUGAAUUAGGAUUCUACAUUUAUAAUUUAAAGUAUGACUAUGCAGGUAAACAGCAAAAAUAAGCACGCACUAAUAAGCAUACUUAGAUAAUAGAUAGCAUCUGAGACAAUUUAUAGUUAGAUAGCGCUUUUAAUAAUGAAGAUAUAAUAAAAUCCUUGUUUUCUGCCAAGUAUAACUAGACUCAAAUUGUGUAAUAUAAGCCAAAGUUUUUUUAUAUUUUUCAUUUCUAUUCCUGGCUUAUCUAUAAAUGCUUAUGAAAAAUUAUACAGUGAUUCAACUAACAUCAUUCCCUUAAUUAAGUAUGGCACUUUGGGGCCUGAGAUUGUCACAGAAUGAAAAAUGUUCCGCCACUUUGACAUACAGUUUUAUUGCUAGCAAUGCAUGUAAAAGUUUAUUCCGUAUAUUCUUUCCUCAUUAUAACUGACUGAUACAACUCUUGCAAUAAUUCUGAUAAUAAAAAUAUUUCAAACCUUCCUGCUUCAAUUUCGAGUCAAGUAUCAAUAUAAGUUUAUUUUUGUAUAAACGAGUUUUUUUGCCAGCACAAGAAUCCCAAAUGACCUUAAUUAAGACCCAUACGUAAGAUUUUCCAAACAAUAACUUAUUACCUAAACUUUUCUUCUUGCAGAACUUAUGUUGUAUUCUUGAUUUAUGAACUCAGCUAUUAAUUGUUAUAUUAAACUAGAGGACAGAAUUCUAAUUUUGUCAGAAAUUUAUAUACACAUUUUCUCUGUCACACUGUAAGGAGGGAAAUAAAUAUCCCCCACAGGAAAUAACAGCCUUUUGAUAAUGCUCCUAUCUCAUUCACGGUUAUGUUUUUAGUCUUUAAGAAAUAGAUAAUAUCAAGGGACUGUUAUCAUCGUUACUUGGCAGUGAAGGCAGUUUUUCUCUCUUUCGUCUGAGAGGAACUUAUGACCUAAAACAUUUGUAAAUUCUGCUGUCCUAUAAAGACCUUAUAUCUCUGAAUAAUUGUUAUAUGUUUGGGAACCGUCCAACUUGAGGCAAUAAAACACAGGUAUCAUUUACAUGAGAAAUAAAAAAUUCUCUAAAACUGGAAGUUCCUGAUAUUAUGUGAGUCCAAGAGCUCUAUAAAAGCUAUUCUAUAACAAAUAUAUUAAGUAACAUUAAA